AGAGAGAAGAAGCAUGCAAGAUCCAGUAGAGAGAUAAUCUUGUUUUUAAAAAAAGAAAAUAAAAAUCAGACAACAGAGUGAGAAUGAAACAGAGCACUAUCCACCUCGCACCUUCUCGGCCACGACACCUUUCGGCAAAAGGUUAAUCCUUUUCAUCACUUCCUCUGAUACUUUCUCCUUCCAUGGCCAAGACCGGUGUCUUUGAUUCCGAUCCGAUGGUCAUAGCCAAGGUCACCGAAUUCAAGAAAGAACUGCAAAAGCUCUUCACCAUCAUUGUCGACGACGAUGAUUACCCUAUUCACACUCUCGAUCAAACUAUACAUACUCUCUCUGCCUUGAAAGGAUUGAAGAUGAACAAGAGAUCCUUGUCUUUCAAGUUGCGCCAAACGCUGUCCUCAUGUCCUGAUGAAUUUAAGUGUCCAUUGUCUAAGGAAUUGAUGAGAGAUCCUGUCAUAUUGGCCACUGGCCAGACUUAUGAUAGACUCUUCAUCCAGAAAUGGCUGAAAGCGGGGAACCGAACAUGCCCUCUCACUCAGCAAGUCCUAUCACACACAAUCCUUACUCCUAAUCUCUUGGUUAGGGAAAUGAUAUCACAAUGGUGCAAGAGUCGAGGAUUUGAGUCACCGGACCCUGUUCACUAUGUUAAUGAGGAAGGGAUAACGGAAGCUGAUCGCGACCAUUUUCUGUCUUUGCUUGAAAAGAUGUCAUUGGCACUUCCUGAACAAAAACAUGCCGCAAGGGAGCUUCGGUUGUUGACGAAGAGGAUGCCAUCCUUCAGGGCAUUAUUUGGCGAGUCUAUUGAUGCCAUUCCUCAAUUGCUCAAUCCACUUUCAGCAAGCAAGUCUGGAAGCGGCAUCCACCCUGAUCUUCAAGAAGAUGUAAUCACAACCCUCUUAAAUCUUUCGAUCCACGACAACAAUAAGAAGCUUGUUGCUGAAACCCCUAUGGUAAUUCCUCUUCUUAUGGAAGCGUUAAGGUCGGGAACCAUUGAAAUAAGGACCAAUGCAGCUGCGGCCCUUUUCACAUUGUCCGCUCUUGAUUCCAACAAGGCACUUAUUGGGAAAUCGGGUGCCAUAAAACCACUCAUAGACCUUCUAGAAGAGGGAAAUCCUUUAGCCAUGAAAGAUGUUGCAUCUGCAAUUUUUACUCUAUGUUUCCUGCAUGAAAACAGGGGAAGAGCUGUGAGGGAUGGCGUGGUGAAGGUAAUCAUGAAAAAGAUUGCAAAUAAUGUGCUUGUUGAUGAAUUAUUAGCUAUCCUUGCAAUUGUGUCUACUCACCAGAGGGCCGUCGAAGAAAUGGGAGAGCUCGGAACAGUUCCUUGCUUGCUUCGCAUUAUGAGGGAGAGUAUCUGUGAACGAAACAAGGAAAAUUGCAUUGCCAUUCUCCACGUAAUCUGUUUCUACGAUCGAACCAAGUGGAAGGCGAUGAGGGAAGAAGAGAAUUCCUAUGGAACAAUCUCUAAACUAGCUCGAGAUGGCACUUCGAGGGCCAAAAGGAAGGCUAAUGGAAUUCUUGAAAGACUGAAUAGAGGUGUUAAUCUUACGCAUACAGCAUGAAGGGAAAUGUAAAUUCUCCAUCGGUUUCGAGCAUUUUCAAGCGUCUUUGCCAUUCUCCGUUGCCUUUCUGUAAAUUCUCAUUCUCUUCGCCUAAAAUUUUUAUUUCAGGUUAAUGAAUUUAGCCAUUGUGAAUAAUAUAGCCUAAGUUGUUGAGGAUUUUCUAAAGGAUUCCACAUGAGAUGUGGUUGUUGUGUAGUAACAACUCACAAGAGUAUGUUCAAUUGGUAGCAGAAUUUGCUCUUCCA